GCUCAACACAACUGCAGUACCUCUUUCUUCAAGCAAACACCACCUCAAGAACCCACCAUGCACGCCUUCAAGAUCGCCGCUCUCGCCAUUGCCGCAAUGGCUAGCGCUGUCGUGGCGGACAACUGCUUCGAAGGAUAUCUCUACUGCAGCGCGAACCUCAAAUCCCAGGGAGACUACACCUCUACUAUCCACAAUGCUCUGGCAGCUCGCGGCCAGCCCACCGACCAGGGCGCCGUCAACAAGGCCUUAUUCGCUUGCCUCCUCGACGGCGAGAUCGCCUUCACCCAGAUGUGUCGCGGCGACUGCAUCAACGAGCCCUUCGGAACGCAGAGAAACGACCACUGCUAGAGUGUCGACUUGUACUUGCUAAUGAAAAUGGAGGGGCAAUUGAUAACGGUGGAGGGGGUGAGUGGUAGGAACAGCUGUAGCUGGUGACUCUCAAAAGGAGGUGUUAUGGUGGCCCAUGCAGUAACAGGUUUGCUGUCCAAUCUUGUCCCAAUCGUAGUGAGCGCUCAGAUAGAGAUAGGAGAAAACGAUGGUGCCACCGUGCACGUAGCCGAUAUUGAUUAA